AUGAAUUGUCCCAUGUUUCAGCAAUAUGGCCCAUAUGUUGUUUGGUGUUCUGCUCUAUUGGCCGUUUGCGUGGUCCGGAGCGGAGCUGCCUGUAAUCCCCCUACGGUGACAUCUUCGGAUUUCACGGCUGUUUCACAGUACAACAGCACCGUCAAAUAUCGAGUGAUUCGGUCAAGCCGACGCGGAUCUCACCUCAGGUGCGCCGCGGCCUGCCUCUCGGAAGUAUACUGCAGAUACUUCAGAUAUAACAAAGAUACCAAACAGUGUGAAUUGUGCGAUGACUCCAUAGUUGCAACCAACGAAGAGAUGUUGAAGUACUACAAAAGCAAAAGAAGCAGUAGCCCUUCUUGCUCUGUGGAAGGACCUCUCGGGAUGGAAGAUGGUCGCAUCCCGGAUGGAAGCAUCACAGCUUCGUCUGUUUGGUCUAACCGCGCUGACCAUGCCCCAGUCAGGGCCAGACUGAAUACUCAAGGACUCGCUGGAGCCUGGGCCUAUGACAGUGGUGAUGUCAGUCCAUGGAUACAAGUUGACUUGAAUGGCACAGUCACCAUCACUGGUUUGAUCACCCAGGGGCGCGAAGAUCUCGACCAAUGGGUGACAGAGUACCGAGUGACGUACAGCGAUGACGCUCAGUCCUGGCAUCACAUGACUGAUGCAUUUGGCACACCAAUAAAGUUCCCUGGUAACAAUGAUAGCAACACGCAGGUAACCGCUCGUUUCCCGUUUGCCUUGCGCACCAGAAUCCUGCGCAUCAACCCCACUGCAUGGCACCUGUUUUGCAGCAUAAGGUUUGAAUUGAUUGGCUGCUAUUAAUCAGACUAAUUAUAUGUUGUCAAUUAGUGAGUCAAGCGAAUUCAACGUUGAGAUUAGCUCUGCUGUAGAACAAAACGAAUAUUUAGUCGACUCUCUUUUAUACAAAGUCGUUCGGACCGGCCUAUCAGAAUUUUGUAUUAAGAGGAACAUCAGUCCCAUUCGUUGUGCACAUACAUGCACAGUCGGGACCAAGGCGUUGUGUUUUCUAUAACUUCUAUAACUUUCUAUAACAGAAUUUGUAUUAACAGUGCUUGUACUAUUAAACGAGAGUAGACUGUAUUUAUGCUUGUAAAUACCGGCUCUAUACAACAUUUCUUUCAUAAAUUUGACUAUUAAAUAAGUGAUGAAUAUUUUUGUGAAUCUGCAAAUUGAUACAUUUGCAGAGCACAGUGCAUACUGAAUAAAAA